AGAUCUCCUGCAACCUCUGGACGAGACGCUCCGCGCUGCAGUUUGUAGCAUUACUAACGUCGCCUUUAGCCAGGACAGUUGGACACAGGCAGUUUUACCGACUAGAUAUGGCGGACUAGGCAUCAGACGCACGCAAGACCUUGCACUUCCAAGCUACGUAACAUCCCUUCACCAUUGUAUGCAGCUGCUGAUGUCGAUGCUGCCCGGAUCGCUACGCGCCAGACUGUCGGCGGAACAAGAAGUUACCUUGACGGACUGGAGGAUGGCGGCUGAGCCAGCGGAACCUCCAACAGGUGACGCUGCACGAAGUCAGCGUGCAUGGGACAGCGUACUAGCCGACAAAGUGCGAAGCAGCCUACUGGCCACCGCUACCCAGGUAGAGCAAGCCCGUCUUUUCGCAGCAGGGACGGUGGAGAGCGGAGCAUGGUUGCACGCCUUGCCCUCAGCCAGCCUGGGCACGCUGCUGGACCCUCCCACCCUUAGAGUCGCCGUUGCUUUGCGCGUCGGAGCUGAAGUCUGCCAGCCACAUAGGUGUCGUUGUGGCUCCCUGGCCGACAGUUUGGGACACCAUGCGCUGACCUGCCGUCUGAGCGCGGGACGUCAUCCCCGCCACACCGCGCUCAAUGACGUGAUUAAGCGUGCCCUGCAGACUGUCGGCUUGCCAUCUCUUCUUGAGCCCACCGGCAUCGAUCGUGGUGAUGGGAAACGGCCGGACGGCUUGACGCUUUUCCCAUUUACUGAGGGAAAAUCGCUCGUGUGGGAUGCCACUUGCGUCAACACCUACGCGGCUUCCCAUCUGCCGGCCACCGCCGCUGCUGCCGGCGCUGCAGCCAGGGACGCUGAGGAGAGAAAGAUGCGCAAGUACUCGGGACUGGCUGAUCGGUUUCAAAUUCAGCCUGUGGCAAUUGAAACUAGUGGCGUCUACGGCCCGGCAACAAGCCGCUUCAUAAGCCUUUUAGGUGGCCGUUUAGUCAGCGUGACCGGCGACGCGCGUGAAUCGUCCUGGCUGCGACAAAGACUAGCGCUGGCUGUAGUCCGUGGCAAUGCAGCGAGUGUCCUCCAUUCGCCAUUUAGCUCUGGUCCCCUGAAGCAGGCAACAGGCGAAACGCACCUCACUGAUCCGGCAGAGCGCCACCAGCUCCACGUUGACCCUGAGUGGGCUACCACACCGGAUAACACCGCUAGCCGUCUGGAAUGGAUACUGGACGACCAGGUGGGCGUGGUCACCAUUGACGGCGAGCAGCCCGACAACAAAACAGUCUUCCUCGUGCCCAUGAACGGCGGAAUCUGGACACUCUGCGUGUCUCUGUCAGAGAGCCAGCGGCGGACACUGCGCGAAGAGGGUUUCCACCACCCCAUGUGCACCAACUACCUGUCUCCGGAGCUGCUGUCACGCGGAGAGCUGCGAAACGACUGGAUUCACAGGAUGCAGAACCUGAGCAUCUCGUGCGCGCUGGUGAGCCUGAUCCUGCUGGUGGCCUCGGCCCUGGUCGGACUGUUUGGCGUGCUGCAGAAGCAGAACUCGGCUGUGCUCAUCACCGGCUUCAUGUACCUCAUGGCAGCCAUUUUCUCCACCUUCAGCUUCUCAAUAAUUCACUUCAAGCGCAAAACGAAGCGCGACUGCGGGGUGCUGGACUCGCAGAUCACGCACGAGUUUUACAACAGCCGCACGUUCCAGCCAGGCUGGUCACUGCAGAUCGGCUGGACGGGCGUCACCAUCUGCCUCACGGCCAGCCUCUCUUGGAUCCUGCUGGCCCGCUUCAUGCGCUACACGCCUGGCUCGUCCCUGCUGAGCUACUGAGCUAACGAGCGCCCGACUCCUCCCUGCUGAGCUACUGAGCUAACGAGCGAGUCGCCUCGUCCCUGCUGAGCUACUGAGCGCCUGGCUCGCUACUGAGCGCCUGGCUCGUCCCUGCUGAGCUACUGAGCUAACGAGCGCCCGACUCCUCCCUGCUGAGCUACUGAGCUAACGAGCGCCCGACUCCUCCCUGCUGAGCUACUGAGCUAACGAGCGAGUCGGCUCGUCCCUGCUGAGCUACUGAGCGCGGGAGACCGGCUCUGAGAGACAGCUCAGGACCACAACACGGCGACGACAGGAGUGUCCCGGAGGACGUCAACUUUCGAGCCGGCAAACAACUCCAGAUGAGCGGCCGUAUCGACGUCAAACUCCAGACCGGCUCACUCAUCUAACUCCCGAGUGACACUGGGUGUGCCAAUUCGGCCUACUCGGAGCGAUCUCGGAGUACGCGAAGAUGCGCGCCCUCGAAGAUACGGCUGCAUACGGAUCACCUGGCGUCCGUCGGCACGGGAGUUACCGAAUUGGGGGCCGACGCUCGCAUCUGAUCCCGCCGAUCGGGUCCCGGGGGAGGCUGACAGAGGCCCGAUACGCUCCAAAGGCGGCAGGUAAUGCCUCUCUGAGCCCGGUGCGGAGAGGAGGCUGCAUGAAUAGAACAUGUGCCGGAGUCUCGGAGCGGCGAGCGGCGGCCGCGGGGGCGUGCCGUGCACUGCGCCCAGUUGGUUCAGUGAAAACACCGAAACGCUCCAGAAAGACGGGAGAUGGACGGGUUGCGGACGUGGAACGAGAGCAGGAAAAGAGCGGACGAGUGGUUAGACCGGAGGUGACACGGGCGAGAGACUGGUGGGGCGGUGAAGUUGUGUAGGUAAGACGAGGCAGAGACCUUUUUUGAGGGAAAGCGACAUCCUGCGUCGCUGUUUGACAACGUGUUGUCGGCGUUCAAAGGCUCCGUUUAUCUAUGAAUGUCUUCUGUGAUGAAUUAGCAAAUAGUGAGACAAGGAACCAAUUCCAGCUGUUUGAAAAGGCGAACCUGAGUAUUGCACUAUCAGUCACAGUGCAAUUGAGAUAAGUUAUGUCAAUCGCCCUGACAUAAUGUCUGACUGAAGUGCUUUUAAGGUUCUAAUAUGCUGAAUAUGUUCGCUAUCGAAUAUGUUCGAUAUUACCCAGGUGCUAUGAGUAUCUGUCUACCAAGGGAUUGGUGUGGGAUAUAUAUGACCGCUAUUAUAUAGCCCACAGCUAUAUACAGCCCCGACGCAGCUAUAGCUGGCGAGAGAGGAAUCAGCACAUUUACCAUCGACGUUCAUGAAAUAAUCGGUGAACUUUUAAGUGCAAUAUUACACCGAUUAUGGAGAAUUGGUAAUAUCUGGAUUCUGACCCCGCCGUCUUCGCAUGUUUUAUUGCGUUCAUUCAUCGUCGUGUUGAUGCCUAUUCGAUACCGCUGAUUUGCUAACGCCUGUUUCGCCAAAAGGUAAUGUUACGUGCAUAAUUCGUUAAAUAGGUAAGCUAAGCAUAUCAGUCGCCUAAAUAUUGGUAGACUUGGGAAAUACAAUGCCUGGUGUUAUGGUUUAUUACCGUUAAUGAAAUUAUCACAAAAAAAAA